AGUAAUCGAACGCCAGAAACAUCGAGCGGAAUCUGCUACAAACACACCGGAGAAACCUUGAGGAGAAACCGGCUAAACUUGUCGGUAACCGACAUGAUGGUCGGUUUGAAGUUGGCAGGGUGACAUCAAAAAGUGAGUCAGAAGGUCAGAAGCAGAAAUAGGUUAGGGUGGAUGACAGGCACUCUGCAGUUGUGUAGUUCAUGCUAAUAACUGUUAGCUCAGAUGGGAAAGUUGUCUAUUUGGAUGCGUGUGUGUUUCUACUAACGAGAGAAAUGAGGUUCACAAAUACACCUGAAAGUUAAAGUCGGUCUUUCUGUUUUAGUUUGAUUUUCUGUGCUCUUAGUAGUUUUGUGUUUCAAGGACAUCUGUUUGCAUCGUUUUGAUUUCUAUUCUCACAGUGCAGAAGCUGUGAUACUAAAGUGAAGUAGUACAUGUCUCUGUCUCACAGGUUGGACUCUCAAGUGUCCAGGAUGCUGCAGCUCCCUUUGGUGGUGACAGCUAAGGUGGACCUGGUCCUGCUGCUGGUCACUUUGCUGGCCCUGUGGACCAGACUGAGCCGCCUCAGUUACCCCAAUGCUGUGGUGUGAGUAUGUUAUAGUGGAUUUAUGACUUGUGGCACAGCCUAUCAAUGCAUGACCACUUGUUGUGAAAGUGGUCAUGCAUUGUUUAAGGAUAUUUGACACAAAUACUGGAGUCUGUGUGUAUUUGUGUGUAUUGUAGGUUCGAUGAGGUGUACUACGGCCAGUUCGUGUCUCUCUACAUGAAGAGAGUUUUCUUUGUUGACGACAGUGGACCUCCUCUCGGUCACAUGAUUCUGGCCCUUGGAGGUCAGUUCUACUUCAUAAACCAGGGGUGUCAAACUCAACCACAUCAAGGGCCAUAAUAUUUAGGUCUUACCUGAGGGCCAGAGAGAGUCAACAUUUCACCAAAACUGUCAACCUCCUUUUCAAAAAAUAUGUAACAAAAACAGCAAUGAUUAUAAAUCAUUUGGAAAUUCAAAUAAGAUAAAAAGAUAAGAUUAAAGGCAAUCCGAGAUAGAAAAAUGUUAAUUUUUUAUUCUAUUUUCAUUUAUUAGUUCAAAAGAUCAGAGCAUGAUAUUAAAAACGGAAAAAUAAUGCAUUUAAAGAGCCAAUACAUGAGCAGAAAGUUGAAAUCAGGUUUAAAAGCUCAAAAUAUGACUGAAAAUUUAAGAUUGGAAUCUAAAGUAUAAAAAUGACACAAGUCUCAAUACUGAGUGAAACAAAUCAAAACAUGAAAUAAAACACCAAAUAUUUUUUCUCCCUCAUUCUUGACUAUUUAUCAAAUCUUCCUUACUUGUUAAUUUCCCACAUUUUUGUGGCUUAUUAAGGACAUUUUAAGUAAUAGUGUUCAAGUUGACAUUAUUAUACUGGAGGAAAUCUGCAAACUUCAUAUUGGUGGGCCGAUAAUAAUACAAAUAUGAUAUGAUCUUGAUCAUUAUUAUUGUUCCACGGGCCAGAUUUGGUCCCCGAGCCUUGAGUUUGACACCUGUUUCAUAAACUGUUAUCUGACAUUACUUCUGUCCAUGUUUCUAUAUCAGUUGUAAUUCUUGUGCUUGUGUUGUGCAGCCUACAUGGGGGGAUUUGAUGGGAACUUUGUGUGGAACAGGAUUGGAGCAGGUAGGAAAAUCUAAUACCGUUUGAUAAGUAUCAGUUUAGAGAACUUCAUUGUGUCUUAAGAGGUCUGAAACAAAAGUCAUUGUGUCCAAUAUGAUGCACAGAAUAUCACGGCUCUCUGAUUUUUCUCUGCAGAGUAUCCCAGCACUGUCUGUGUGUGGACUCUGCGGCUGUUGCCCGCUCUGUGUGGAGCUCUUUGUGUUCCUCUGGUUUACCUGUUGACUCUGGAGCUGAAGUUUUCUCACCUGUCGGCUCUGGGAGCAUCGCUGCUGCUGCUGCUGGGUCAGUGCCAAAACAGUCAUUGUGUCACUGCAGUUAUCAAAGCAGGCACUAAAUUUGACUAUUAUAAUUUUUGCAAGCCCAAGUACAGAGGGCUGUACUUCACUCACUUAAACUGAAUUUUAAUAAUUUCAGGACUUUGCUUGUGUUUGUUUAUAUUUUCAUCUUUCAGAGAAUUCUCUGAUCGUCCAAUCCCGUUUCAUGUUACUGGAGUCUGUUCUCAUCUUCUUUGUGUUGUUGGCCUUUUUCUCCUACCUGCGAUUCCACAACACUCCUGACAGGUGACACUCAUUUUGUAGCUCGCCACAUUUCCACCACAUACAAAGGGCUAAUUUAAAAUACCCUCUUGUACCUGACCCACCUGUGAUGAACCGUUCCCCUGUCUGUGUUCUCAUCUUGUCCUCAGCUGGUUCAGAUACUGCUGGCUGCUCCUCUCUGGUGCCUCCUGUGCUGCAGCUGUUGGGUGAGAAAUUACUCAGAGAUCAGUGAGUCUACAGUCAAAUUUCUCUUCUGAUCUCUAAAACACCAACACUAAUUAUGUUUUAUGUCAGGGUAAAGUACAUGGGUGUAUUCUCCUACCUGCUGCUGCUGGGCGUCGCCUCUAUGCAUAUUUGGAGCCUGGUUGGAGACCGAAGUGUCAGUCAUGUAAGUCCAGAUUAAUAGAUUUGAUUUAGUUCAUUGAUACAAAAAACAGCUUAUUGAUCAUCUUUAACAGUCAAUAGACAAGCUUUUAUUGGCAGUUAUGAAUUCAUGGCUGUUGUUAAUCUUUCACAGCUCAAUAAUAGAUACAUUUAGCGUCACUCUAACAUCUAUAAGUAUUCAGGGAAAAAAUGAUGAUAAAAAUAUGAAUGAAAAUGAAGUAAAAAUACACACCUAAUUGUAUCUCUGCCAUUUGCCAGCAAAAGUCUCUUCUGUCAUGUAAAGGUAAAAUUGUGUGUGUGUGCGUGUGUGUGUGUUGUGAGUGCAGCUGAGUGUUUGUCUGCAGUGUGUGUGUCGAGUUGUGUGUCUGUUGGUGGUUCCUAUUCUUCUCUAUGUGUUCUGGUUCUACAUCCACCUGAGUCUCCUGCACCGCAGUGGACCACAUGACCAGCUGAUGAGCUCUGCCUUCCAGGCCAGUCUGGAGGUAACAACAAACACACACUUUUUAACACACAUGUAAACAUAUUGUGACUUCAGGUAGGCCAAAAAGUCAAGCUCAGCCCACAUUAUAUUAGCUGAUCUUCAUCAAUGAUGAACGAUAUGAAAUAUUCCUUCUCAGGGCGGUCUCUCCAGGAUCACUCAGGGUCAACCUCUGGAAGUCGCUUAUGGCAGUCAGGUGACUUUAAGAAGCUCCGCCUCUCAGCCCAUCCCCUGCUGGCUCCAUUCACACAAAGCCAACUACCCAAUCAGGUGCAGCUACUUAACACAGCUGGAGCAGCUAAUCAGAAAACUUUCAUGCACAGUUUGAAUAAUGUCACAUUCUUAUGUGGGUCUGUUCAGGUAUGAAAAUGGGCGGGGCAGCUCUCACCAGCAGCAGGUCACCUGUUAUCCCUUCAAAGACGUCAACAACUGGUGGAUCGUCAAAGACCCCGGCAGGUGGGUCACCUGCCUUUCCACAAGCAUGCUGGGAAAUGUGGUCCUAGUGUGACAUGUAUCUGUUUGUGUUUACCAGACAGGAGCUGGUGGUCAGCAGUCCCCCUCGACCUGUCCGUCAUGGUGAUGUCAUCCAGCUGGUUCAUGGGAUGACCUCACGCUUCCUCAACAGGUAAACAGAUCACCUCUCUGUUGUCUGAUGGACUGAUUUGCAACAUUUACAAUCAACCAGAGAACAUUUUAAAUCCCUGUUAUUAACCCUGAUAGAUGCCAUUUGUAUCUGUUUUCAGCUUUUAUUUUACAGGCCUCUGACUGAAUCAAAUUUAUCUAAAUAUAUGUUGUUUUGUGUAUCUAUACAUCUGUGUUUUGUAGUCAUGACGUAGCAGCUCCCAUGAGCCCUCAUGCUCAAGAAGUGUCAGGUUAUGUUGACUUCAAUGUCUCCAUGCCAGCGCAGAACCUUUGGAGAGUGGUGAGUGAGGAGAGAUUUUCUGUGACAUUAUUUGCCACACAGAGUGAGCUGAAGAAGAUGUUUACUAAGAUACAGUCUCUUUAAGGAUUAGUUACCUGCUCUUUUAUUCAGAGAUUUUAAAUAUAUGUGCUUUUUGGUUCAAAGAACUUAAAGGUACAACAAAUUGCCACAGGGGGCACCAAAGUCUACACUAAUUAAAAGUUGCUCCUAGAACCUUUAACCAAAAGCCCUUAUUUAUUUAUUUCUAUGACCUUGUAUUUUUGUGGGGUUAUGUGCAUGCAUGUGUGCAUUUAGGAAAUCUCUAACAGAGAGGCGGAGUCAGACUCAUGGAAGACAAUCUUGUCUGAGGUGCGACUGGUCCACAUCAACACUACAGCAGUUCUCCGGGUAUUGACUAUUUACUAAUAUCAGUUUUUCUGUGAUACAGAUGACUUUCCGUAAGAGAAGAUAAUGACCUGUAUGUAUUUGUGUGUGUGUGUUUGUGAGCAGCUGAGCGGUGUGUCUCUUCCAGACUGGGGUUACCGUCAGUUGGAGGUUGUUGCUGAGAAGCUGUUUAAAGCUCACAGCAGCAGUUUGGACUGGACCGUGGAGGAACACCGCUAUGGCACUAGUACGACCUUUAACCUUGAACCUCUGACCUACCAUCAGAUCCUACAUCAUUGGAAGAUUUGGCCCUUUGUUAAAUCAUCCAUUUGGCAUUUAUGUGACUUUUAUCAUUUGCAGGCGUUCAUCUGUAUUUGUGCCUGUGUUUAUGUGUUUAUGUCUGUGUGUGUGUGCGUGUUUGUGUGUGUGUUUGUAGGUCAAGAGCAGAAGGAGAGAGAGGUGGAGCUUCACUCUCCAACUCACAUUGACGUGGACAGAAAAAUUUCAUUCUGGGCAAAAUUUUUAGAGCUUCAGGUUCGUCACAUAACAGUUCAAAACUUUAUAUUCAAUCACAUGACUUUACAUCAUGCAGUUGCUGUGGCGACAUGUGGCAAUGUCUUGUGUCGUUGUCAUGACAGUGGAAAAUGCUGACAGUGAAACAGGAAGACUCUGAGCACAAAUACAGCUCGUCUCCUCUGGAGUGGGUCACCAUGGACACCAAUAUUGCAUACUGGCUGCACUCCUCCAACAAUGUAAGCAAACACACAAUCACACCAACAACCACACUCCUCUGUUUUGGCCUUUGAUUGGCUGACUGUGUUUUAGGCUCAGAUUCAUCUAAUCGGUAACCCGGUGUCUUGGGGCGUGGCCAACUUCAGCCUGUUGGUCUAUCACUUGUUGGCAGUUGUUUACCUGCUGAGGAGGAGGAGGGGCUUCAAAGACCUACCUGAUGGUACAAACACACAGAUACACACACACAUACAGUGGAUAUUAAAUCCUAGGACAGGGGCAUUUCAAAAGUUUGAAAGGGAGUGCUGUCCUCAGUACCGGCGGGAGGCAGCAGAGCACACAGUUUCCAAAACAACAGUCGUACAUUUCUAUUAAUCAUUUCCACUGUACUGUUAUAACUGCAGCAACAUAGCGAUCCUGUGGGAGCAUGCUAUGUUUUCUCAUGACUGGCAUGUGUUUGUGUGCCCUUCCAGGUGUGUGGUGUCAGUUUGUGUGUUUGGGGUGUGUGUGUGUUGGUGGCUGGAUGGUGAACUUUGUCCCCUUCCUGUUGAUGGAAAAAACUCUGUUCCUGUACCACUACCUGCCCGCCCUCUGCUACCUGUACCUGCUGAGCCCUGCCCUACUGGAGCACGCACACACUCACCUGCUCAGGUAAACAGACAGAUGUGCAAAAAAAUAUUCACAUUACAGCUGAUAGACUGAUUAUUGAUAAUAUAUAAUUGAUGUCAAAUCCUUGUGUCUUUGCAGCGGAGCGACACAGCGACGUGCAUUGUAUGUGUGUGUAUCGGCUGUGUUAGCAUCGGUCUUCUUGUCAUAUCGAACCUUCUGUCCAUUAACCUACGGCAGUCCUGAGCUCUCAGCCAAUCAGCUACAAGGGCUGAAGUGGAAAGACUCCUGGGACAUCCUGUACCGCCGCCGAUAGAAAGACAAGGAUGUGUUUGUUUGCUUGCUUCUUCAUGUUGAAGCUCACUGAAGCUCUGAGCCAUGAUCACUAACCGACACUGAGUCAAGGGUCUGAUGCUUUGAAGUCGCUGUAUCUGGAUUGAGUACAUCAGGAUACAACAUCUACUUUGGCCAUUAUAACACCAUGAAGGUGCCUCUGAAGGGAAUUGGUUAAGCUGUGUGAGAGGAAAGGCUUUAAUCCUGUGAACUCAAAGCACAGCUGGAUUCUCCAACCAGCCUUUGCACUGACUUUCAGCAGGUCCACAAUCUGUCUACAAGGACGCUGUUUCAACAAAAUGCAAUGGUCCAGGAUCAUAUCUGAAAACGAACUGUAAAUGUAAUAUCAGGGGAAAGCUUUUUCAUUAUUUUUAAAAUUGAAGCUGCUCAAUCAGCACAUUAUGGAAACUGUUCCCAAGGCAGUUUUUAGUCUGAAUGAAAUAGUCUAAAUACUCUAAAAAUAAGACAAGCUGCUCCAAUGGAUUGUAUGUGUGCUGUAAGAGAUAAAAAUGAGAUGAUAAAGUAAACCAUAAUUAGUAAAAUAUUGUGCUUUAUUUUGACAGUUAGGAAAGUGCGCUGAUGUGUUUUGCUCCCAUACUGUUUUAUGUAGAUCCAGAGAAUUAAAUUGUUAAAAGAAAA